GGGGAGGAUGAGGUGGAUGAGAGGGAGGCGUCAGCCGUCAUCGCCGGGCUGGCUGGUGACUCCCGUCCGCACGUACGAAGUAGCGUUUGCCCGCACCGCCGUCCCGACGGUUCCUUUCGUCAACCACCGUCGCGAGACUCCUAAAAAAACGUGCAACGCCUCGCCCUUUCGAAUAGAAGGAACCCUCAUCGUCGCCGCCUCCCCUCCUCGAGACACCUAGAGCCAAGCUCGCCGCAACAUGUGCUCUGCCGACAUCUUCCUCGGCCUCUUGGCCAUCCUCUUCCCACCGCUGCCGGUCUGGGUCAAGCGCGGCAUCUGUAGCGCCGACUCCAUCAUCAACAUCCUCCUCUGCUGCCUGGGCUUCAUCCCCGGCCUGUUCCACGCCUGGUACAUCAUCGCCAAGUUCCCCGAGCCGCCCUACGAGUACGAAGCCCUGCCCAACGACCGCGAGGGCGGCCGCGUCACAUACGUAUACGUCCAAUCACCCCACGGGUCCGGCUGCAACGGCCAACAGCAGCAGCAGCAGCCCCGACCCCAAGGCGGCAUGAACUACGGCAGCACCCAGGGCCAAAACCAGUCACAGGGUCAGCAGCACCAGGGUCCCGCGGGCUCUGGCGAGGGCGGCUCUCACGGCGGUGGUGUCCCACCAUCCUAUGCCGAGGUGGUAGCUGGCGACCACAAGAUUCAGUCAAGGGACUAAACUUGGUCUUGAAUCAUACCGACGAACCAUGCGUCAGGCACAGCGCCCCGGACAGAGCCGUAGAGGAAGAUGGCUCAUUCUUCUACUAAUUUCGCAAAACAACGCCAAGUCUUUGCCGACAACGGGAUAACAUACCCUCCUGAGAUGGGGGAACCGGACAGCGGACAAUCGCUCAGGCAUGGCUAUCUGUGAGAGGAUAAAGAUGGGGAAGUUGGCGUUGUCGGAUGUGUACCUUUAUUGCUAUCAACAGCGUUAAUGGCAUUGCUCACUUGAAUGGGUACCUGAGACCAGGGGCGUUUCUACCAGUAGAUGGGCGUUGUAUCCGACUAUCUGAGCUCCUGAAUCAUCUACCAGUAGUCCAUCACCUAGUCGAGACCGGCCGAUGCGGUGUUCUAACUGCAUAUCUGCUCUUAACG